AUAAUAUUUAUUAAUUCCCUUCUUCUCAAACCUAUCCACUCACUCAAAUUAUUAGUUGAUCUUCCAGCACCCCCUGUUAAUAUUGGUAUCCAUGACCUUUUCUGCAAUUAUAUUUUCGAUAUCACAAACCAAGCCUCUUUCAGUAGAAAAGAUUACUGUAAUGACCCGGAUCGGCCAAUUCCUGCUAGCCUAAUCAAUAUUGACCAAGUCAAGAUUUGGUCGAUGCUGCCAUGUUGUAUUUUCUUUUACAUUUUCAAAUUUGCAAGUUAUGUGUGGCAGUGGUAUCCCCAGCUGAUGCGUAAUUAUUUCUCGUCUAUUGGCUAUUUUAUCCUAAUAUGGCUUUUUCAAUAG